GUCCAACUUUAGACUGGACACGUGAUUCCAAACAGCCUGUAACAACCGGUAUCUUGCAAUUGCCCCAUACGCAUGUAGAUCUUGAAGAGCAAUCAAAGUGAAAAAAAGCGAAGUUUAUUAAGUAUAGUGGCACUGACUGUUCAUCUACGGCGCACUCCACCGCAGGUGUACUAGGGUUGCUGCAGCUGAGUCGCCCAGCUUUCAAAGUUGCUGGUAAACACUUGGAUAACUUUUUACACCGGAGUUACACAUAAUUAUAACAAGCGCUUCUUCGCAGUUCGUCACCAUUCUUUGGCAACUGUAACAUACGAUAGGCGUGUAUUUUCAAGCUGAGUUGGCUUCGAAUGUGGAUAGCCGUACGUUUGAUGGACUUCUCACCACAGCCCAAAUCAAUUCAUGCUGCAUCUUCUGAUAUCAACAGUUGACGAACUCUAAAAUUCAGACUCCUGUUUACUUUCGAUCAUUCCUCGUUCUCUCAGCAUGUAUUCCCAUCGUAUGACGACCAGUUCGGGUGGAUCCGACCCGUUCUUCCACAGGUCCGGAGGCUCACCCAGUCAGCCCAAUAUCCAAGGCAAAGAAUGGAAGACCGAGGUGGACGUGAAAGGUUUCCGAACCGAGGACAUCAAGCUGUCUGUUGAUGGUAACAGCAUCAGCAUUCAUUGCGUUCGUGAUGAAGAUGGAAGCAGACGAGAGACGCGCCGUCAGCUCCAGGUCCCGGAUGGCACAGAUACAUCCAGAUUGGAGUCUGAGGUAAACAAUUCGGGGACGCUGGUACUCAAGGCUCCAUAUGAAACACCAAAGGGGAACAGCAACAACAACGACCCGUUCACAUCGUUUGGUGGUUUUUCCAAAAUGUCCGGCGGAAUGCAGUCCAGGAUGCGUGGCUUUGACGAUAAAAAUGAUGGGAAGGAUUUCCUAACGAAAGUUGCACUUCCUAACUUCCAGGUCAGUGAGAUUCAGAUAAGUGCCGGCGGUGGACGAAUCAUAGUUAAGGCACACUCAAAACACGGUAUUAGCACCCGGAUGGUCGAUCGGUCAUUUGACAUUCCGGCGAAGGUUAACAUGGCCGCCCUGGCAGCCAUUUUGACUGAGGAUGGCACCGUAUUCAUCGGCGCUCCCAUACCGGAUAGUAUCAAGGGAAAGGCGGUUGAGAUAACGAAGGAAUAAAUGCAAUAAGUGAUUCUCUGAUGACUAUAGAAUGAGUUGUUGGUCGAGUGGUUUAAUCGCGUGUGUAAUCAAACAGUCAGCAUUGGGGAAGUACCUAAGAAGACAUGGAAAAGGCCCGCGCGAUACCUGACCAAAAACAGCGCUGUCGCCAGAUAGCAGCUGAAUCACCAAUUCACCUGACUUGGACUCGAUGUUUGCCUGGCGUUGGACAAUUUCUUUUUCGUCAGUUGCAGGGUUGUAUAUGAAUGUGUAGGUACAAGUCUAAGUUGUAUUUUAUAUACUGUAAGACACAUGUAUUGAUCGAAGUGUUUUCGCAUAGAAUAUAUCGACGAGUUUCUUCUCGCCGUCUCUCAA